ACAAAGAGAUCCGGAAAGGAGAGACAGGCGGACAAAGCGUCACCGUAGUAGUGAAGUAGAAGUCUUCCAGAUCUGCAGUGCCUUUCGUUAGUUUCAUCCCAGACCCAACAAACACGCGAUCCAACCAAACUCUUUGCUUCAUCAAAAACCAUUACUUUUCUAGAUUCCCAAAUCGCAAACCUUCUAAAAAUGGAACCCAACACCACCAUAAAAUCGUCAUCAAAGGAUGAGAUAGAGCCAGUCGAAGAGAAACCAGCGGUGGAGCAACCGAAAGAAGACCAGAACGCCGGCGGUGGAUGGAGCUGGGGAUUCUCUGCGUUUUCUGUUCUUUCAGAUCUUCAGAAGGCUGCUGAGGAGAUCUCUCGCAAUGCUGCUGAGGUUGCCAAGACAGCUGCAAAUAGCAUCUCUGAGUUGCAAAACGAGCUUGAAGGCUCAGAAUCUUCUAAAGAGGAUCAAGAUCAUCAAGCAGCAUCUGAUAAAGAUCAAGAAAGUGAAGAUGAAGAUGAUAAGAAGCGCAAGGCUACUCUUGAAAGACUUGAGAAAGCCAGUGAAGACACAAUCCUUGGCCAAGGGAUAAAGGCUAUUGACAGUUCUGUGGAGAACUUUGCUUCAGGAGCUUGGCAGGCUCUUGGUAAUGCAUGGAAAGGGGGUUCCAGUUUUGUUCAGAAACUGGAAGACUCUAUACAGCAAGGUGGUAUACCUGCAGCAGGCUCUGUUGCACCAUCUCUUCUAGAGACUGGAAGAGCUUUUACUGCUAAGGGGUUGCAAGUUCUUGAGUAUGUUGGAAAAGAAACUGUUGAUCUUUUGAUUGCAGAAUCAGGAAUGGAAGUUGACAAAAAUGGUGGUGAAGGUGGGCAUGGAACUGAAGAGGAUCAGUUAUUGGAAGAAGUAACAUUUGACAGAUGCUUUUACAUCUAUGGAGGUCCAGAGCAUCUGGAGGAACUUGAGGCAUUGUCAAACCAUUAUGCCCUUUUAUUUAAUCGAAGAAAAGCAAAGCUCUCAUCUGAUGAAAAAUCUGCAUACGAUGUGAAGCUUAAAGAGGUUCAACAGCUUCUAAGUUUAGACACUGAAAGUGAUGGAAAGAAUGCAGAAUCUGAAAAGGGAAAGAAUGUUGAGAAUUCAUCUGAUGGAAGUUAUGAUGAGAUCAAGAGUUUUCAUGGUUCUAGUGUGAGCAAGGCUGCAGAAAUGGCUACAGGGUUUGCUAAUGCGUUAGCUGGACUUUCCCCAAGUGAUAUUGCUCUAAGAACUGGUGGGAGGCUAGAUUCUCUUCACUCUGAGGGCAUUCAUAGGCUUUCAGAGAUGUGUUGCAUUGCGGUUUCUCAACUUGUAGCUCUUGGGAAAUCAGUAGUGAAGAAUGCAAAGGAUGAUGAUGAUGUGGCAAAAUUUGAUUGGCCAGAGGAUUGUAUUGAAAAAGCUAAAACAAUUAGAACAAAGACACAAUCAAUGACUGGAUUUGUGGAGGCAGUUGCCAUCAGUUUUGUGACAGGCAUAUCGGAUGUAGCAGAAGCUUAUGCAGCAGCCAUAAAAUCUGCUACAGAAGUUUUACCAGAGAAAGUAAUUGAAGAAAAAGUGAAGUCAUUUUCUGAAGAUCUUCGUGUGAAUCGGACCACAGCUGUGGCUAAAAUCCAGGAUGGAUUACAUUUUCUGGCUUAUGUCAUCCUUUCCACUUCCAUGCCUGCUGCUACUUAAUGCUUAGGAGAUCUUAAAACUAAAACCUUCUUUGUUUUUUUUAGAUUAUUCAGAGAUUUUGGUGUGUUGUAUAUAUAGAUUAUAGAGUAGUUGUUGCUUUUAGUUUUGGGAUUGUGAAUCUACUAUAUCAUAAUUCAUACUGCUCCCAGAUUCCAACUUGUAAGUUGUUGUAUACUUUUUUCAAGUCUUUAUUACUAUACCCGUUUAGUGCUUA